AUGGAAUGGAUCGAUGCUCGCUUCCCGGCGACGGAAACGUUCGAGUACCACAUGUCGCGUUACUACGCGCCGAAAAACUUCAAUGUUUUUUAUAUUUUCGGUGUGCUGUCGAUUGUCAUGCUGGCCAAUCAGAUUGUCACCGGUAUCUGGCUGACCAUGAAUUAUGUGCCUUCCGGCACCGGGGCUUUUGCUUCGGUGGAGUACAUCAUGCGUGAUGUUGAGUACGGUUGGUUAAUGCGGUAUCUGCAUUCAACCGGUGCGUCGUUCUUCUUUAUUGUUGUUUAUCUGCAUAUGUAUCGGGCCCUGAUGUAUGGCUCCUAUCGCGGGCCGCGGGAAUUACUGUGGCUGAUCGGAAUGGCGAUAUUCAUUGCGCUGAUGGCUGAAGGUUUCUUCGGCUAUCUGCUGCCCUGGGGCAACAUGUCUUACUGGGGAGCGCAGGUGAUAGUCUCUCUGGUCGGUGCUAUACCCUACGUCGGCCCCGAUCUGAUGGAGUGGGUGCGCGGUGACUUCCUGAUGUCAGAAGCUACCCUGAACCGCUUCUUUGCAUUACACGUUAUUGCGUUGCCGCUGGUGCUGGUGAUUCUGGUAUUUGUACAUCUGGUUGCCUUGCACCACGUGGGUUCAAAUAAUCCUGACGGAAUUGAAAUCAAGAAAAAGAAGGAUGAGAAAGGCAUUCCACUGGAUGGUAUUGCAUUCCACCCUUAUUACACCGUGCAUGAUAUUCACGCCAUCGUGAUUUUCUUCAUCUUCUUCCUGGGUUUUGUCUUUUUUGCACCAGAAGGGUGGGGUUAUUUCCUCGAGAAGCCCAACUUUGAGAUGGCUGAUCCACUGAAAACGCCGGCACACAUCGCACCUGUCUGGUAUUACACGCCAUUUUACUCAAUGCUUCGAGCGGCAACUUAUCCGUUAUUCGGCUUGCCGGCUAAGUUCUGGGGUUUUGUGGUCAUGGCGGGCGCAAUUAUUAUUCCAGCGGUCCUGCCUUGGCUGGAUCGCAGUCCGGUUAAAUCUAUCCGUUACAAAGGGCUCUGGUCGAAAUUCAUGCUGGGACUCCUGGUUGUCAGUUUCUUUGUGCUGGGGUACCUCGGCACAAAAGGUCCAACCGAAGGCCGUACGAUUGCCGCUCAGGUCUUCACCAUUACGUACUUCCUGUACUUCAUGUUGAUGCCCUGGUACACGAGGGCUGAAAAGACCAAGCCGGAACCGGAUAGGAUUAAUUGGGACAUGCAGCCCUUCGAUCCGGACCUGGAAAAUAAGCCGUCGCUGCAGAAUGGCAUGCGCCUGUAUAUGAAUUACUGUAUCGGCUGUCAUAGCCUGAAGUUCCAACGCUACCAGAGAACCGUUGAUUUUCUUGGUAUCCCGCAUGAACUGGCGCUGGAAAAACUGGUUUUUACCGAUCAGAAGAUUGGCGAAUUGAUGACCACAGCGAUGGAUCCAGAAAAGGCCAAAGCCUGGUUCGGUGCGGCACCACCUGAUCUGACGAUGGUUGCUAAGGUUCGCGGUCCUGAAUGGUUGUUCAACUAUCUGGGUACCUUCUAUCAGGACGACAGUCGCCCAAUGGGUGCAAACAACAAGGUGUUUCCAAAUGUGGGUAUGCCCAAUGUGCUUGCAGAUCUUCAGGGUGUCGUCACCGAGGGCUGCGUACAGGUUCCCAAGAUUGCUGCAAACGGCGGUGAAAUGAGAGAUCCGCUGGUACCAGGUAAAGCCAUUACUGAAGAAAAGUGUGGCGAACUUGUGCACGAAGCAGGCAGUGGUCUCUAUACGCCUGAAGAAUUUGAUGCGGCCAUUUAUGACUUGAGUAACUUUCUCUACUACGUGGGUGAACCUACCCGAUUGGAAAGACAUCGGCUGGGCAUUUUUGUGAUGCUCUUUCUGGUGAUCCUGGGCUGCUUUACCUACUUGCUCAAUCGUGAAUAUUGGAAAGACAUACACUGA